AGUCCCAUUGAGAAGAAACCCUAUCAGUGCCAAGAGUGUGGAAAGAGCUUUAGUCAAAAAGGCAGUUUAACUUACCAUCAGAGAAUUCAUACAGGGGAGAAACCUUAUCAGUGCCUGGAAUGUGGAAAAAGCUUCAGUCAACGAGGCCAGCUUACUGUACAUCAAAGAAUUCAUACAGGGGAGAAACCUUAUCUCUGCUUGGCAUGUGGAAAGAGCUUCACUUGGAAAAUUACUCUCAUUUUGCAUCAAAGAAUUCAUACUGGAGAAAAACCCUAUCACUGCUUGGAGUGCGGAAAGAGAUUCAGAAUAAAAAGCCACCUCACUGUACAUCAGAGACGUCAUACAGGUGAGAAACCCUAUCAGUGCCAAGAGUGUGGGAAGAGCUUCAGUCAAAAGGGCAGUUUAACUUUCCAUCAAAAAAUUCAUACAGGGGAGAAACCCUAUCAGUGCUUGGAAUGUGGGAAGAGCUACGUUCGAAGAGGCCACCUCAAGGGCCAUCAAACAAUUGAUAAGGGAGAGAGACCCCAUUGGUGCCAAGAGUGUGGCAAGAGAUUCAGUAGAAGAGGCCAGUUUACUGUCUAUCAGAGCCUUCACACAGGGGAGAACCCAUAUCAGUGCUUGCAAUGUGGCAAGAGCUUCGUUCGAAGAAGCCACCUCAUGGCCCAUCAAACAGUUCAUACAGGGGAAAAACCCUAUCAGUGCCAAGAGUGUGGCAAGAGCUUCAGACAAAAGGGCAGUUUAACUUUCCAUCAAAGAAUUCAUACAGGGGAGAAACCUUAUCACUGCUUGGAAUGUGGAAAAAGUUUCAGUAUCCAAGGCCAACUUACUGUACAUCAGAGAAUUCAUACAGGGGAGAAACCUUAUCACUGCUUGGAAUGUGGAAAAAGUUUCAGUACCCAAGGCCAAUUCACUGUACAUCUGAAAAUUCAUACAGGGGAGAACCCAUAUCAGUGCUUGGAAUGUGGCAAGAGCUUCAGUCAAAAGGGCAAUUUAAUUGUCCAUCAGAGAAUUCAUACAGGGGAGAAACCCUAUCAGUGCCAAGAGUGUGGGAAGAGCUUCAGUCAAAAGGGCAGUUUAACUUUCCAUCAAAAAAUUCAUACAGGGGAGAAACCUUAUCACUGCUUGGAAUGUGGAAAAAGUUUCAGUCAACAAGGCCAGCUUACUGUACAUCAGAGAAUUCAUACAGGGGAGAAACCUUAUCACUGCUUGGAAUGUGGAAAAAGUUUCAGUCAACAAGGCCAGCUUACUGUACAUCAGAGAAAUCAUAGAGGGGAGAAACCUUAUCAGUGCUUGGAAUGAGGAAAGAGCUUCACUUGGAAAAUUAGUCUCAUUUCCCAUCAAAGAAUUCAUACCGGAGAUAAACCCUAUCACUGCUUAUAUUGUGGAAAGAGAUUCAGAAGAAAAAGCCAGCCACUGUCCAUCAAAGAAUUCAUACAGGGGUGAAACAUUAUCACUGCUUGGAAUGUGGAAAGAGCUUCGUUCAAAGAGGCCACCUCAUGACCCAUCGAACAAUUCAUACAGGGGAGACACCACAUCAGUGCCAAGAGUGUGGCAAGCAAUUCAGUAGCAGAAACCAGUUUACUGUCCAUCAGAGAAUUCAUACUGGAGAUAAACCCUAUCAGUGCUUGGAAUGUGGAAAGAGA